AUGUUCUCAGAAAAUUAUGCAGCAUCGAGUUGGUGCCUUGAUGAACUUGUGAAGAUCAUGGAAUGCAGGAAAACAUUUCAACAGACUGUUCUGCCUAUUUUUUAUGACAUUGUCCCAUUCGACGUGCAGGCGCAAAAUGGGAGUUUUACAGAAGCAUUUGCGAAGCACGAAGAGCGUUUUAAAGAGGGUUCAGAUGGAAAGGUGAAGAAGUGGAGGGCAGCCCUUACUGAGGCUGCUAAUUUAGAUGAAGCAAAGUUAAUUGAGAAAAUUGUUGAGGAGGUUGGAAAUAUAUUAGAUCUUGAACAUCUAAGUGUUGCAAACCACCCAAUUGGACUAGAUGAUCGUGUGCAAGAACUCAGUACGUUGUUGGGCAUGGAGUCCAAUAAUAAUGAUGUUUGCAUUGUUGUAGUAUGGGGGAUUAGUGGAAUAGGCAAGACAACAAUAGCUAAAAAGUUGAAUAAUCUCAUCCACCGUAAAUUUGAUGGUAGUAGUUUUCUUGCAGAUGUUAGAGAAACUUGGAAGCUACCAAAUGGAUUAACCAUAGAUCGAGAUUAUUUUGGUUCUGGAAGUAAAAUCGUCAUAACAACAAGAGAUUUGUCUUCGCUAAAUAUUGAAGUGGACAAGAUAUAUACACCAAAGGAAUUAGAUAAGGACAAAUCUCCUCAACUCUUUAGUUGGCAUGCCUUUAGGGAAGACCAUCCCAAAGAAAACUAUGUGGAGCUUUCAAAUCAAACAGUGCACUAUGCUAGAGGGCUUCCAUUAGCUCUCGAAAUUUUGGGUUCCUUUUUGUUUCCCAUCAGAAGCAUACCAGAAUGGGAAAGUGCAAUAGAGAAAUUAAAAAAAAUCCCACAUAACGGUAUUCAAGCAAAACUUAAGAUAAGUUUUGAUUCACUAAGUAAUGAAGUGCAGGAUUUAUUCCUAGAUAUAGCAUGUUUCUUUGCUGGAAUGAAUCGAGAUUUUACAAUCAAAAUAUUAAAAGGCUGUAAGUUAUACCCAGAAAUUGGGUUUAAGAUUCUAGUCAAUCGGUGUCUUAUAAAAUAUGGGCCCUAUAAUGAACUUGUGAUGCAUGAUAUGCUUAGAGACAUUGGUAGAGAAAUUGUCAAAACAAAAUCUAAUGAUGAACUAGAGAGGCGUAGUAGAUUGUGGCUCAACAGUCUUGAGGAAUUGUUGCUUAAUGACUACAUAAGGUUGGUAGAGGUUGAUGAAUCUAUUGGAUGUCUCGACAAACUUGUUGUCCUAGAUAUGACCAAUUGUAGAAAAUUAGAGCAGCUUUCCUCAAGCAUUUCGAUGUUGAAAUCUCUUGAAUACCUUGAUCUUUCUGGUUGCUCCAAACUAAGAAAAUUAGAUGCAUUUAAAAGAUCACCACUUAAAUCAUUGUACACAACCCUCUCAUCUUGGGCAUUGCAAACAAAGAACACAAGUUCCAUUGGUUUGCCACUACAAGGCUCAAGUUGUUUGAAGAAAUUGAAGCUGGCAUAUUGCAAUCUGUCACAUUUGCCCAUUGAAAUUGGGAGCCUGAUCUCAUUGACACAUGUGGAUCUUACAGGAAAUAAUUUAUGUACCUUACUGGAUAGUAUCUGUAACCUUACUUGCUUGCAAGAAUUGAAAAUGGUAGGCUGCAAUUUAUCAAAUCUGCCUAGUGAAAUGGAGAGGUUGAUCUCAUUAAUAUAUUUGGAUAUUGGAGGAAAUAAUUUGUGUACCUUACCAAAUAGUAUCUAUAACCUUACUUGCCUGCAGAGAUUGGAGAUGGCAGGUUGCAAUAUAUGCCUAGUGAAAUUGGAAGGUUGA